UUUUUAAAUCUUUGCACUCAAUCUGUUUUUCUAAUGUGAAUUCAAUAUGUUUAAAUUUUGCUUGCAUUAAUGGAAAAAUAAUCAGUCUUCCUCCUUUUGUGCUUCCCGUGUAAUCAACUUCCUCGACCCCAAAUGAAUGAUCUUUCAACUCAAAGUGAGCUAUCUUAAAUUAUGCACUAUUCCGUGCUCCUGACCUAGAAUACUGCCUGAUUGUGUGUGUGUGUGUGUGUGUGUGUGUGUGUGUGUGUGUGUGUGUGUGUGUGUGGCGGGGGAAGUGUAGUGUCUGAGUACUUACACAUGUGUCAGAUAUCUCACACAUAUGUUAGAUAAAUAUAAUAUCAUCUACUUAGAAGCAAGCUAUUGAUGUAGGUUGAGGACAUCUGUUCACAGUUUUGAGUGCUGCUCUGGCUCAAUAAAGCAAAUUAUUCCCUUGUAAACUGGUUAAAACAUUGAUUAAGAUGAUAUUUUUUAUUACUUUCUUUUACCAAAGGGUGUGUGUGUGUGUGUGUGUGUGUGUGUGUGUGUGUGUGUGUGUGUGUGUGUGUGCUUGUCAAUAAAUAUAGAACAAAGCCUUUUGUUAGACAAAGAUGGCAGACACCAGUAGAGAAACAGGUAUUUCAAAUUUGGGCUCAUGCUUUCUUUGAACAACUCCAAGAGGCAAAUUUAUUUUUUCUUUAAUGUGGCAUAUGCACAAUUUAAUGCACAGAGGUUUUAUAGUUAAAGUGCAAUUCUGGAGAUAGAUUGUUUCUCCACUAAACCAAUGGCUAAUUUAAAUGCCUUUUUGUGUCUAGCAUCCAUUAUUUUUGGACUAUCACGAAAUUUAGUGAACGAAUUAGCCAUGAAAUCAAUGUAGAUCAGUCAUCUCCUCUUGCUGUCCUUUGACUGCAUAGUCCUUCACCUUGGCUAGUGGGUUACUAAGCAACAGCAUCACUAAGUUACUCCAAGACUUGUUCACAGGAAAUUACAAGUACAGCAAUACAAUUUUUAGGUCACCAAGAUUUAUGUUUUAUUGAACUGCUGAACUCUUGCUGAUAGAGGGAAGGGAUGAUGAGUUGCGCUAAUUUUCCAUGUGACAUUUACAUAAGUGGUGAGAGCCCCAGUAGGGCACUAAUUUAUUUGUCAUAUGAUCUUGGAAGUGGGCUAUUAUUUGUAAACAUUUUCCUACAGCAAAUAGUUUGUGCUGUUUUUAUCCACUGACACAAGAUUAUUUCCAUUUUUAAUCAGUGUCUCUAAUUUAAUUUUAAAAGUACCUAGGCUUAACAGUGUUCAUGCCGAGAAACUAUGCUUUAAUAAUAGUGUUUAUGCAAAUCUUUAUGAUCAUUUUUGGCUGGAGAAACUAAUUCACAUGAAAUAAUUAUCAAUGUUAUUUUGUCUGUGGUUUGAAUUAUUUUGGGUUAUCUUCAUUUCUCUUAUCUGACACACAGAUUUGCUGUACUGAUGACUGAAUGAAGGCUAUUUAGUACAUACUGGCUGUAAACACAUAGAAACACAUUUAUUUUACCCUCUCUUCAAGUGCUUGGAUUAUAAACAUAGGCCAUUAUAUCUGGUACAAUUAAUCUUGUGUUUUGAAUGGUCUACUAAAGAUAAUGGCUAUAUGAAAGCUAUACUUUUAUGAUUUUUAAGUAAACAAUUGAAAGGGAGUGAAAGGAUGAGACUUGAUUGCUCAUAUGUUUUAAAAGUUGGCUUUGUGCAACAUGUAGAAUAAACACCAAGAUAAGUAAAUGCAUACUUUUUAAUUAAGAUGAUUAUAGUUACCUUUGCAAUUGGCAUAGAUAAAUUAGUUCCAUGUCAAUUAUAAGAUAGAUAUACUAUGUGCUGGCCUCAUGAAUACUCAAAUUUUGUGAAUUUACGGGAAGUGGAUAGUAAAGAGUAUAUCAUUGUUGUCCUUAUAGAUUCCAAAGACCUCUUUGGUUGUUAAUAUGUUAAAGUUACAUAAUCUUAAGAAAGGAAAGAAAAUUAUUAUGCACUCUGCAUGGCACAGUUUCAUAUCUAUGAUAACUUGAAAUAAUUAAACAUUUGUAUGUAUUUAUAACAGCAAUGAUUAAAGAGGAGACUGUGAAUAUGAGAAGAUAAGGGGGCUGUGUAAAUACAUUUUUAUUAAAUAAAAAAGUAAAAAAAAAGUGUAAAUGCAGAGUGACUAUUGUAGUUUUACCCAUUAUUUCAGGGUAAAUCUGGUUUUAGAAUCUUACCAUCACUAAUAAUGAGAUCUAAGUCAGUUUGUAUUUUCAGAGAACUGAUGAUCACUUAGUGAUGAUGUUUUAGGCUCUUUAAGUAAGUAUGGAUGCUCAUCUUAGAACUACGUAUCCUAUUAACUUCUAAUGUGCUUCACAAGUUCUCUGAGUUCUUAGAGAUUUUAUCAUUGUUCAAGAAAAUUGUUAUAUGGGGAACCAUACUUCUUGAGAAUACAUGAAUAUAAUAGGUGUCAAAUUUUGUAAGACUGUGAGACAGCCACAGCAACAGCAACUUGGAAUUAAAACUAGGUAUCAGAAUUCAUUAUACGACAUUUAAUUUCAAUGUACUCUCAAGGAAUAAAGAAAAACUUUACAUGAUAAUGUAGGAAAGUGACAGUAUCAUAACCACAAACUCAAUUGCUUUCUUGUACUACUGCACUGAUCUGUAUAUGUGAAUGUUACUGUAGAAUCUAUGUGAGCUUUGUGUUAUGACAGAAAUGCCUGAGGCUACUGACUUAUUAUUAAAGAUAAUGUCUUUAAAAGUCACACUCUGGAGGUGAGAAGAUGACUCAGCAGUGAAGAAUACUUACUGCUCUUCUAGAGGACCUGGGUUUACUUUCUGGCACCCAAAUCAGGUGGUUAAUAACUUUCUGUAAUUCAAUUUCCAAGGGAUCUAACCUCCUACCUCCAUGGGCACAUGCACAUGCACAGUGCACAUAAAAUAUGUAAUCCAAUGAUGAGAUUGGAAGAUAUAUGUGUAAAAUUGAUUGAGCACUCAUAUCUUUAGGAAGGAAGGAAAGUGGGAGAGAGAAAGAGAGAGAGAGAGAGAGAGAGAGAGAGAGAGAGAGAGAGAGAGAGAGAGAGAGAGAGAGAGAGAGAUAUGCAGGGGAGACACCAUUAGCAUGUCCCAAUAACUGAAUGAACUCAUUCCAGUCCCCAUCUCUUGGUAGUCCUCGGCAGUUCGGCAGUUUCCAGGAGUACAAACCUGGGCACUUAAGCUUUAAAACACAGAACUCUGUAGGGCAUAUAUCCAAACUAAACCACAACCUUUAGUGAUCUAAUGGAAUCUUAUUUACAGCAUGCUGUACAAGGCAUUUUGUGGAGGAAACUGGUCCUCCAUGACAGGCUUGAUUCAUUAGGUACUCAUUGUGUGACCUUCCCUGAGGUUUGCUUGAUUUUCUGUUUUUACUUUAUAGAGCAGUCAUAAAAGAACAUGCAAUCACCUAAUGUGGUUCUUGGAGUGAAUUUUGGAAACAUGAGAGUCCCUGUAUCCAUUCAGCCAGGUCUUGAGGAGAGAUGUAGUAGCUGACGGCCCUUCCCUCAGACACUGUUCUCAGCACCAGCUUUGGAGAUGCUUUCACCCUGUCGGUUUUCUGCAGUAGCCAGGCCGAGUGCUGACUCCUUCAUGGUAGCAAGGAACUCUUCAGGCUCCAGAAGCUCUUAAACCUGAUCUACAAUGGAAAAAUUCCUUUUUUACCUGUUUCUCAUUGGCAUAGCUGUGCGAGCUCAGAUCUGUCCAAAGCGUUGUGUCUGUCAGAUUUUGUCUCCUAAUCUUGCAACUCUUUGUGCCAAGAAAGGGCUUCUGUUUGUUCCACCAAACAUUGACAGAAGAACUGUGGAACUACGGUUGGCAGACAACUUUGUUACAAACAUCAAGAGGAAAGAUUUCGCCAAUAUGACCAGCUUGGUGGACCUGACUCUAUCCAGGAAUACAAUAAGUUUUAUAACACCCCAUGCUUUUGCUGAUCUACGAAAUUUGAGAGCAUUGCAUUUGAAUAGCAACCGAUUGACUAAAAUUACAAAUGAUAUGUUCAGCGGGCUUUCCAAUCUCCAUCAUUUGAUAUUGAACAACAAUCAGCUGACUUUGAUUUCUUCCACAGCAUUCGACGAUGUUUUUGCUCUGGAGGAGCUGGACCUGUCCUAUAAUAAUCUAGAAACGAUCCCCUGGGAUGCUGUAGAGAAGAUGGUGAGCUUGCACACUCUUAGUUUGGAUCACAACAUGAUUGACAACAUUCCUAAGGGAACUUUCUCCCACUUGCACAAGAUGACUCGACUAGAUGUAACAUCGAAUAAAUUGCAAAAGCUGCCCCCUGACCCUCUCUUUCAGCGAGCCCAGGUGCUGGCCACCUCAGGAAUCAUAAGCCCAUCGACUUUUGCAUUGAGUUUUGGUGGAAACCCCUUGCACUGCAAUUGCGAGUUGUUGUGGCUGAGGCGAUUGUCUAGAGAAGAUGACCUCGAGACCUGUGCUUCUCCUCCACUUUUAACUGGCCGUUAUUUUUGGUCAAUUCCCGAGGAAGAGUUUUUGUGUGAGCCUCCACUCAUCACACGUCAUACACAUGAGAUGAGAGUCUUAGAGGGUCAAAGGGCAACGCUGAGGUGCAAAGCCAGAGGAGACCCUGAACCUGCUAUUCACUGGAUUUCUCCUGAAGGGAAACUUAUUUCAAAUGCAACAAGAUCUCUGGUGUAUGAUAAUGGAACACUUGACAUCCUUAUAACAACGGUAAAAGAUACAGGUGCUUUUACCUGUAUUGCUUCCAAUCCUGCAGGGGAAGCAACACAAACCGUGGAUCUUCAUAUAAUUAAACUCCCUCACCUACUAAACAGUACCAAUCAUAUCCACGAGCCUGAUCCUGGUUCUUCAGAUAUCUCCACUUCUACUAAGUCAGGUUCAAAUGCUAGCAGUAGCAAUGGUGAUACUAAAAUGAGUCAAGACAAAAUUGUGGUGGCAGAAGCAACUUCGUCAACAGCACUACUUAAAUUUAAUUUUCAAAGAAAUAUUCCAGGAAUUCGUAUGUUUCAAAUCCAGUACAAUGGUACUUAUGAUGACACCCUUGUUUACAGAAUGAUACCUCCUACGAGCAAAACGUUUCUGGUCAAUAAUCUGGCUUCUGGAACUAUGUAUGACUUGUGUGUGUUGGCCAUAUAUGAUGAUGGCAUCACUUCCCUCACUGCCACAAGAGUCGUGGGCUGCAUCCAGUUUACUACGGAACAGGAUUACGUCCGUUGCCACUUUAUGCAGUCCCAGUUUUUGGGCGGAACCAUGAUUAUUAUCAUUGGUGGAAUCAUCGUUGCAUCUGUGUUGGUUUUCAUCAUCAUACUAAUGAUCCGGUAUAAGGUCUGUAACAAUAACGGACAGCACAAGGUCACCAAGGUUAGCAACGUUUAUUCUCAAACUAAUGGGGCUCAGAUGCAAGGGUGCAGCGUCACACUGCCCCAGUCCAUGUCCAAACAAGCCAUGGGCCAUGAAGAGAAUGCUCAGUGCUGUAAAGUUGCCAGUGACAACGUGAUUCAGUCUUCAGACACAUGUUCGAGCCAGGACUCCUCCACCGCUACCUCUGCUUUGCCUCCUACCUGGACUUCAAGUGCGUCUGUGUCUCAAAAGCAGAAACGAAAGACUGGCACGAAGCCAGGUGCUGAGCCGCAGAGCGAAGCUGUCACAAAUGCUGAGUCCCAGAACACUAACAGGAACAACUCAACUGCCUUGCAGUUAGCUAGCUGUGCUCCUGCUGCCGUCACAGAGGGGCCCACAUCUCAAAGAGCACAAACCAAGCCAAAUGCUUUGCUGACUAAUGUUGACCAGAAUGUCCAGGAAACACAGGUGAGAAGCUUAUUCAUUGCUAUUUACUUCAAAACACCAGAGAGAUUUGCUAUUGUAUACAUGAGAUUUCUAACUGUUGAUGUGUUAGUUCCCGGUUUUGAGAUUGUCCCUUAAGUGAAGUGCUUAGCACUAUAAACUGAAGCAUAAUUGAGUUCAGUGAAUCUGGAUCUACUCCCGAUGAAGAGAAAUAUUGGGUUGAAAUGUAGCUCUAAUUUUGCUGUUAGUGUGAUCCUGAAGCAAUUCUCAUGGUCACUCCAGAUUUAAAUCACUUUAAGAACUAUUUCUGUGCACACGGAUAUCUUUGUCUGGAUAUACUGAUCUGUGGAUGACAUGUCUGACUCAUGCCUGACACCCAUCUUUGUAAGGACAUACCCAGCCAUGCCUCUCAUCCCUGUCCUACUCUGGGUUGAGAUGAUACAUUUUUUUGCCUUGCUGAAAAAGAUGAAGGUUUUCACUGAUAUGUAAAAUGAAUGAAACCAUUUUAAAGGGAAGCGUUUUAUUGCACAUGUCUUAUCAGUUGCAUUAUUUUUAUCAGCCACCAAUUACUCUUCUUGAGAGCCCCCCUUUUUUUCAAAUGAAAAUUUCAUUCCUACAUUUUAAUUGGGUCACAAGGUGUGUAUCCAGAAUGGAGGAGCACUAAAGCAAUCUGUUCUAACAUCUGGAACUGUCAGCCAUUUGCUGUGGUUUGGAAAAGUGGGGGAAUCUGUUUUUAAAAAUUAAAAAUAGCAAAAACAACAAAAAAUACAUGCUUUCCUUGUCGAAGGUAUAUUUUUGCUCCUUGUAACAUGAUAUAUAUUAAAACAGUAUUAAUUUUCUCAAUAUGUCAUAGUUUCCCCUAGCAAAUUCCAUCGCUAAACCAAAGCAAACAUUUUCAUGCAUCACUUCUUCCCUUACCCUAUUAUUGAGUGUCUUAAAUAACAGGUGGUAGAAACCAAGAUCAGCAAGUCUGGGUGCCACGGACGGAGCCGCCUGCAGAGGGCGCCUUGCCUCGGUUUCAGUUUAAUUUCCCAGGCUCUCUCAUUUCCUGGAAAGGAGAACUCCUUUCCUCCAGUCCCCUCUCCGUUCUUCUCUAUUCUCCCCUUGCUCUAUUUAUCUUCUUGUGUUUCUCGUACUUUUAAAAGUUCAUUUAUUAUUGGGGUUUGGGCAUCCAGCUGACCUAAACAUUAAGGUAGCUUCAAUGAGAAAUUAGGUGCAGGUAAGUGCUCUGUGGAAAACAUUUCAAACUGAUGCUCAGUGGGCUGCUACAGACAGAAGCAGAAGAGUGGACACUCAAGACGUAUUAAAAUUGCCAUGUACAAGUUCCAAACACAUGAAAAGGGCAUUACUUAUCAUCGUGGAUGUUUUGUUUCUUUUAGAAGUAAACUUUGGAAGCUAGCCUUUGUCCUUACUCUGGAGAAUCUUUGUCCUGCUUCAGAAAAUAAAAUUUUGUCAUUGUGAUAGUUUCAAAAAAAACUGUUAACAACGACUUUUCAUCACACAGAAUUUAGUGUUCUUUAUAGAAAUUUUGAACAUGUGAUGAAAACAAAAUGUCAGUGACUAUCUACCACCAAUAUGUAUAUUAUAAUAAUCCAGAAUAUCAUGUAGUUAUUUAUGUCUUUCACUAGGAAAUUUCUGUGUGGGGCUAUGUUUUGCAUUUGAGCAAGGAGAAAAUGAUGGGAUAUAUCAGACUUUAAAAUUCUUGAUGGUAAAUUUUUCUUUAAUAUUUUUAAGAAAUAAAACUAAUACCUUAAUGUAGCAGGAAUAUUUCAUUUUCAAUUUUCCUAUGCUGCCUUUUCUAUAAUCCUUACCAAGAAAUUCCACAUGCAAAAAAGAAAAGAAAAACGUGUAACACAUCAGUGUCAAAAUCUCUAUCCAGUUCUCUUUCCAAUUAUAGUUGUGUGCAUUUUUUAAGUGGCUCUAUGUCCUCACUAUGGUAUUCUUGGAAAGUUUAAGUUAUUUUGGUUAUUUUUUUAGGUCUUUGAUUCCCACAGUGGUCAGCAGAAUCAAGCGUGAUGCCUUUCUGCACAGGAUGUGUCCUCUCACACACACUCUCUCUCACAGUCCCUUUCUGAAUGCUCUAUUGUAUGUGUCUGAAGGACCCCAGAGCAGAUAGUAGCCUUUGAGCACAGAGUCACAGCUAGGAGCAGUCUCAGGGCUGCCACACUGAGGCACCUGCUUGAGGGAAUCUUUAUCAUACACAGAAUAUUUGAAACAGUCUUUGUAUUCCCCAAAAUGCCCUGUUCUGUUUUCUGUCCUUAAGGACCCUCCUGACUAAAUGUGGAAAUACAGGAAGCAUAAUAUUAAUAAUAAUAAUAAUAAUAAUAAUAAUAAUAAUAAUAAUAAUAAUAAAAUGAAUUACAUAAAUUGGGUAAUAAGAUUAUAAGGAUAUAAUUACAGAAAAUAGGCUCAAGGACAAAGGGAUGCGAAGUCAUUCAUAAGUUUUAUUAUGAUAACGAGGACAAUUGGGGGAAUUAGCAAAGACUUGUAGCCUUAAAAGUAGCCCAGUAACACUGAGGAUGACUAAGGUUAA